CAGGCGCGACGCCUUUUCGCACUCAUCACGCUCGUUUGUCGCGGUCCUCGACCCCUCCCCGGACGCCUCCUCCUUCCUCCUCCGCCUUUCGUCUCUUUUCCGCUCUUUUCUUCCCCCACCACCCCCUCUGAUUCCCCGCAGUCGCCAUGGGUUGUGUUCAGUCGUCUGGCAUCGACGAUGAGGCCAAGGCCCGCAAUGACGAGAUUGAGAGCCAGCUCAAGCGGGACAGGAUGAUGGCGAAGAACGAGAUUAAAAUGCUGCUGUUGGGAGCUGGAGAGUCCGGCAAGUCCACGGUGCUCAAGCAGAUGAAACUCAUUCACCACGGCGGGUACAAUGAGCAAGAGCGGGACUCUUACAAGGAGAUUAUAUUUUCCAACACCAUUCAGUCCAUGCGCGCUAUUCUUGAGGCCCUCCCCGUGCUCAACAUUCAGCUGUCGCCUCAGAGCGAUGCGCGGAGAGCGGUUAUCUUGUCCCUUCCUGUGCAGAUCGAGGGCGACAUGCUCCCGCCAGACGUCGCAGACGCCGUCCGCGGGCUUUGGAGGGAUCCCGGUGUCAAGGAUGCCGUCCGUCGGUCACGGGAGUUCCAGCUGAACGACUCCGCCAUCUACUACUUCAACUCCAUCGACCGGAUGUCGGCACAGGGCUACCUCCCGACAGACCAGGACAUCUUGCGCUCUCGUGUCAAGACCACUGGUAUUACGGAGACGACCUUCAAGGUCGGCGAGCUCACGUACAAGCUCUUCGACGUCGGAGGCCAGCGGUCAGAACGGAAAAAGUGGAUUCACUGCUUCGAGAACGUGACCGCCCUGGUAUUCCUGGUCUCGCUCAGCGAGUAUGACCAGAUGCUGUACGAAGAUGAGAGCGUCAACCGUAUGCAAGAAGCUCUCACACUCUUCGACUCGAUUUGCAAUUCCAGGUGGUUUGUCAAGACAUCCAUCAUCCUGUUCCUGAACAAGAUCGACCUGUUUGCGGAGAAGCUCCCUCGGUCACCACUAGGCGACUACUUCCCCGACUUCGCCGGCGGCGACAAUUAUGACGCUGCCUGCGACUACCUGCUGCACCGCUUCGUCUCGCUGAAUCAGAGUGCGGCGACGAAACAGAUCUAUGCGCACUACACAUGUGCGACUGACACACAACAGAUCAAAUUCGUCCUGAGCGCCAUCCAGGACAUCCUCCUGCAGAUCCACCUGCGGGAGUGUGGUCUCUUGUAGAGGCGCUCGCACAGGGUCUGCAUCGUCGGGGUUUCUGGAAGCUGAAUUAACCUGCAUUAUCUACUGUCUUAUUGUCUCCUCUCCUCUUGUCUCUGGCGCC